AUGACUGCAGAAGUAGGGGAGAAGCACAUUGCGACCAACUUGAUUGCGGUGAUAACCGAAGAACCGCUGACUUGUAGUUUAGAUAAGCCCGAGAAAACAGACCCUGAAGUUGCGACCACCCUUAAGCCUCUGGAUCUUGAGAUAGAAGAAAUCCAACCACCAAGGCAACUGGUCAUCGGAGUUGGUAGCGCGAAGGUGGUUGUUAGAGUUGAGUCACCGGAGGUGGUUGUCGAAGGCCAUAAUGGGUUGCCGGAGUUGGUCGUCAAACCUGUCAUCGGAGGUGGUUGUCGAAGUCCAUAUUUUUUCGUUGAAAUUUUCAUCGAAGAUGGUUGUUGGAGCCCAAAGUUGAUCACUGGAGUUUUCAAUGGAGGUGGUUGUCAGAGCUCGAAGUUGGUCGCCCGAUUUGUUACUGGAGAUGGUUGUCAGAGCCCAAAGUUAGUUCUCGAAGUGCUGGAGAAUGGUCCAUGGUACUUAGGUGGCAAACUUAUCUUAUUGCGACGAUGGUCUCCAGGUAUUGUUCCUGAAACUUUUGUAUUUGAUUUUGUUCCAAUCUGGAUUAAAUUGGAGCGUGUUCCCCUAAAGUUGUGGACGAAUAAGGGUUUAGUUGUGUUGGCUAGUGUUGUGGGGAUGCUUGUCUCUUUUGAUGUGGCUACUAGAGAGAGACGUAGGUUAUCACUUGCUAGAGUAUGUGUUGAGGGUCCUCGGGAGUUAAGGAUGAUAUUGGGUGUGGUUAGUGGUGGGAAGGGCGUUAAUUCUGUAGUUAGAAAUAGUGGUGAAGGGUGUGAUAAUGAGUUUACUUUGGUUAGUCGUCGUCGGCGUGAGAAGGGAGUGGUUGGAGGUAGGGCUAGUAGUAGGUCGUCGGGUUCUUCUACACCGAGUACUAAAGUUGUUCGGGGUUCCCUUGGGAUUAUGGGAUUUGUGAAAGGGUUAAAUGACCCUGUUAAGUGUAAAGUGGUGGCAAAUUUUCUUACUUCUUCUUCUGUUACUUUCUGCUGUUUGCUUGAGACGCAUGUUUAUCGGGAGAAUUUUGAUGUGAAUGGUAGGCGAAACUUGUGGUCCCAGUUGAUCGAUGUAUGUACCUCGUGGCAGCUUCCUGGAGUUUUUUUGGGUGAUUUUAAUGCUAUUCGUAGUAGUUCGGAGGAUUUUGGUGGUUGUCCUAACUUGAGAGUGAUGGAGGAGUUUGAUGGGGCAUUGUUGGAGGCGGAUCUAGUUGAGAUGGGUGUGAUAGGGUUGGGGAGGGAUCUAUUUUCGCAGUCGGUGUAUGCGAAGGCAGCUCGAGUCACUGAGGUUUUCUGGUCAGUGGCUAGGUUAGAGGAAGCGUCGCUCCGACAGAAGGCUAAGUUUAGCUGGCCCGUGGAGGGGGUGGAGGCACUUGGUCGCCUAGUGAGUUGGGAUGAGAUUCAGAAGGCUUUAUUUUUUAUGAAGUAUGGGAAGGCUUCUGGGCCUGAUGGGUUUUCGGUGGAUUUUUACAGAUCUGCUUGGAGUGUGGACUAUAAGUUAGACAGAGGGAAGCCCAGAUGUGUGUUGAAGGUUGACUUACAGAAGGCCUGUGAUUCGAUCAAUUGGGAUUUCUUGUUUGGUGUGUUGCUUGCUAUUGGUACUCCCAUUCAGUUCGUUAGCUGGGUAAGGGCUUGUGUUACUUCGUCAACAUUUUCUGUGAUGAUUAAUGGGUCUCUUGAGGGAUUUUUCCCGUGGAGGAAAGGGUUGAGGCAGGGGGAUCCGUUAUCUCCCUUUUUGUUUGUGUUGGUGAUGGAAGUGUUGUCUCGGUUGUUAAAUAAGCUUUCUGAGUCGUUUAGGUUCCAUGAUCAGUGUAAGCGUGUGGGCUUGACGCAUCUGGCCUUUGCUGAUGAUUUGAUGAUUUUAUGUGCAACAGAGAGGGUGUCUCUGGAGUUUGUGAAGCAGGUUCUGGUGGAGUUUGCAGAGUUGUUUAGGUUAGUUGCGAAUGUGGGGAAGAGUUCCAUGUUUAUAGCGGGAGUGGAUUCUAGUGUUGUUGGGGAUCUUAUCGCAUUUAUGGGGUUUAGCCUUGGUUCGCUGCCUGUUAGGUAUCUCGAGUUACCUUUAUUGGUUGGGAGGUUGCAACUUGUUAGGUCUGUCUCUUAUCAGGUGUUUCGGUGUAGUAUCUUAGUGUUAUCUGCCUGUGUAACUCAUGAGGUUGAGCAUCUAUUGCGGAGCUAUUUAUGGAAGGGUAGUGUGGGGAGUCGGGGUGGUUCAAGGGUGGCUUGGGAUGAAAUUCAAGCAUCUGGUCCGUUUGAGGAUGGGCGAUGGAAAGUCAUGCUUUGUAUGGUGGGACUCUUGGUUGUCGAGGGUGCGACUUGGAUACAUAUGAGUCAAGGGUGGUUGGAGAUGGAGAGAGUAGUUUGGAGUGCGAGUGUCGCGAGUUUAUCGAUGGUGAGGGAGGUUAGAGUGGUCUACAGUGUCAUGAGAGUUGCUUUGAGAUCUGGGUCUAUACAGGCAGUGGGGCCUAAGAAAAAUCUUUCGGUGAGAGACAGUGGGAGUAAGUUGAGUGGCGGAGAGAGUGAACUUUUAUAUAAGGCGGCAAAGGAGCACCCACGAAGGCUUUCGAAAAAUGGAGGGAAGACGAAGACCUUGAGCAACUGUAGCUAUCUUGCCAUGGCGAAUCUUUCCAGUCUAGUUCACGAGCUUCGGGAACGUAUAGCAGCUUCCUCAUCCACUCCUCCUAAUCGCGCCGAUGACAUUGGUCUCGAAGUCCGAUUUCGCGCCGUCCUUCCCAAUCUCCUCCACACGUACGUCGUUCCCUCUUCCUCAGUAAACGAGAGAGAAGUAGUUGCUGUAUUGAAGCUCAUCUCGCACACGGCGAGGAACUUUCCUGGCGUUUUUUACCAUGGAAAGGCUAGCGCCGUCUUGCCUGUGAUUGUUCGGAUAUUGCCUUUUUUUGCGGAGACCGCUAUCCAGGCACGGCAUGGAGUCAUUUUUGAAACAAUUGGUUCCCUUUUAUCCUUGCUUCGUACUGGAGCACGGGAUGCAUACCGUCAGUUUUUCCUUGAUGCCAUGUCAGUCGUCGAAGAUAUUUUAUACACUGCAUCACUUGGCACUGAUACUUCAAGCUUUGUGGAGUCCACAAGUAUCAAUUUGAAUUGUUUCUGCGAAUCUUUGAAGGGAAUCUUUGAGGAUCCCGAUCAUCUUGGGGAUCUUCCAGAAAUCAACAGGCCAACUAAUGGCUCUGGUAUUUUAAUAAAUCUAACGGGGAAAAAGAGGUGGCGGCCUUUUGCGACUUGGAUUAUUAAGCUUCUAGGUAAAUGCUUGGCUGAGGGGACUGUGUAUGUUGAAGGGCUUAUCAGUAUGUCAGAUGUUUCAGCAGCAUGUUCAUUAUUAUGUUAUGGGGAUGCUGAUUUGCAAAUGGCAUGCUUUGACUUUGCACGCAUUGUUGGAUUGGUGAUAGAUGACGUCGUUCCAUAUCAGCCUUUAAUCCAGUCAAUUUCUACUAUAUUAAGUGAAGACAAACAGGGGCUUCCUGUAUUUAGGAACACACCAUAUGAUACUUCUAUUGGAGGUUGUCUUAAUGUGCUAUACUCCAACUGUUGUGAUGAUGUUGUCAAGCUAACUGCUGCAGACAUGGUUGGCAUAUUUUCACAGUCCCUGUGGAGAACCAGGAGCAUGGAUCUCAAGGUUUCAUUAUGCAAUGCAUACAUGCGGAUUGCUAAAAUCUGCCCUUCUCAUAUCUGGAGGCCUGAAAUACUCGUUGAUAUGCUUUCUUUUCCAGAACCUUGCUUAGCUUUGAUAGAUUGCUUCAAAGCAGUUCUAUCUAUUCUUGGUCCUGAUUAUGUUGGAGGCUCUUUACCUGGCAUGGGUUUGUUAGAAUUGAACAAUAAAUCAAAUGAAAGCUCAAGAGUUGGAAAUAAGAGACUCUUUAAGGAUUUGGAUAUUGCCAAGAACAAAAGACCAAAGAUCGAUGGAGAAAUUCUGAGCACUGGAGCUGAUAUUCUGGUUGAGUGCAAGAAGCCUUGGGUCAAAAUUUGUGAAACUGAAGAAACUUAUGCAAAUAAUUUGCAUAAUUUACUUGUUUCAUUUGUUGGAUGUUUAAAAGCUUCUUCCAUCAGAGAUGAUGCUCUAAGACCAGAAGUUUCAUUAGCAGCUCUUAGCAUGCUGUGUAUUGCAUUCUGUCGGUACCCUGAAACUCAUUUGUCCAUGGUCAUAUUUCAGGAGAUGGUUUCAUGGAUUCCCUGGAUAUACGAGCAGGCGAAGAAAGGAAGCUCAAUUUCCCUCGAUAUCUCCAUUUUUCUUGAAGGAAUUCACAGCAUACUUCUCUUACCAACGCAUGUAUCUUCAUGUUUAUUUUCACUCUUGUCUGGAAGUAAUGGUGAAUAUGCUGAAACUAUGUCUGUGAUACUUAAAGUUCCAUGGACCCAUUCAAUCACCAGAACUGAAUCUCACAAGCCAUCGAAGACAAAAUGCAUCUCUGUUCAGGUUGCAUCAAAAAUUACUUCCAUCACUAAGACUGAAACUGAUCUUGAGGUUCUGGAUUUGAGUCUUGUUGAUGAAGAUGAUGAAGUUAGAACUGAGGCUGCCAUUUCAAUUCCAGUGAUUGCUCUAUGGACUGGUUUUGACAAGCUAUCACAGUUAUUUAGGAGACUGGAGAUCUUGAAGGGAGAAAUGCAUGAAAAAGUUAAGAAGAUUAUCCCAUUUUCUCUUGGGUUUUUAUCAUGUCUAUAUGGAUCUUGCCAUUCAAUAAAUGGUCAAGAUACGAGUAGGUGCAAAUUAUUUUUAAAUACAAACAGUGAUAGAUGCUGCCAGACAGUUGACUAUGUGAUACAAGGAUUUUGGUGUUCAAAGUGUGAUCAGACUGUUCUGCAUGAUCAUAAACUUCAUACAAAUAUAAUCGAGCCAUCUGACUGUUACCCAAAAAUGAAUUUGGAUAGUGAUUUUGUCCAUUUGAUGUUGAUAUUUUUUGAACUUCUUUUUGACGAGUCUUCAGAAGAGGUUCAAUUGUCCUGUGUGGGAACUCUUAGACGAAUUCUGGUCCAUGGGACUAGGGAUGUUCUACAUCAAACGAAGAAUGAUUGGCUUAAAUGUGUUGAGUUUUUGCUUCUUAACAGAAAAAAAGCAAUAAGAGAAGCAUUCUGCCUUCAAAUUAGUUCCUUCCUCGAGGAUCAUAUCACAAGCUGCUUUUUCUCGGAAGAAGACAUCUCAAACAAAAGGAAAGAGCUAAUGUUUUUGGAUUUGAUUAAAAAUGCAGUGGUAUCGACUGCAGAUCCCCAAAUUCUGGACACUAUGCUAGAAUCUGUAGCAGAGCUCAUGACUGCAGUUGAUAUUCACAGUGAAUUUUUCUCCCUUUCUCUUCUAUUGUUGAUUGAUCAUCUCGAUAAUCCACAUGUUACAGUGAGGAUGAGUGCUUCAAGAUCUAUCCACAAAGCUUGCCGUUUCCAUUUCAAUGGGAAUUUUGAUCUAAUAUUUUCAAAAGUUGUCCAUCUUCGGAAUGAGCUAUUUGAUUAUGUCUCUACAAGACUUGUUAGCCGUCCAAAAAUUGUACAAGAAUUUGCAGAAGCUGUUUUGGGUGUUGAAACUGAAGCACUUGUUAAGAAAAUGAUUCCUGUUGUUCUUCCAAAGCUGAUUGUCUCUCAUCAGAAUAAUGACCAAGCUGUUGAAUCUUUAUAUGAAUUAGCUAAAUGUGUGGACACAGAUAUGGUUACGUUGAUAGUAAAUUGGUUGCCAAAAGUUCUUGCCUUUGUUCUCUACCAAGAAAAUGGGAAGGAGUUACGUUUUGCCUUGGAAUUUUAUCAUGCUCAUACUGGUUCAAAUCAGGAAGAAAUUUUUUCUGCUGCAUUACCUGCACUUUUAGAUGAACUAGUAUGCUUUGUGGAUGGUGGUGAUUCAGAUGAGGUCAGUAAAAGGUUAGCAAAAGUUCCCGAGAUGAUAUUACAAGUUGCUAGAGUUCUGACUGGAGGGGAUGAUCUCCCAGGAUUUUUGAGGAAUCAUUUUGUUGGCCUCCUUAAUAGCGUGGAUAGGAAAAUGCUCCAUGCGGAGGACGUUUGCCUGCAGAAACAAGCUAUACAACGUAUUGAAAUGCUGAUAAAAUUGAUGGGUUCUCAUCUUAGUACUUACGUGCCGAAACUAAUGGUUCUUCUUAUGCACGCUAUUGGAAAAGAAGUACUACAAAGUGAAGGUCUGAUUGUCUUGAAUUCUUUCAUCCAACAAUUGGCUAAUGUAUCACCAUCUAGCAUCAAGUAUGUGAUUUCUCAAGUCUUUGCUGCACUUGUGCCUUUCCUGGAGAGAGAUGAAACUUCCACACAUUUAGAAAUGGUGGUAAAAAUUUUGGAAGAGCUUGUUUUAAAAAACAAGAGUAUACUAAAGCUGCAUAUACGUGAAUUCCCUCCAUUGCCUUGUAUUUCUGCUCUGACAGAGGUGAACAGAGCUAUACAUGAAACUCGUGGGUCAAUGACUCUAAAGGAUCAGCUACGAGACUUUGUUGAUGGUUUAAAUCAUGAGAACUUGAACGUGAGAUACAUGGUGGCAUGUGAAUUGAGCAAAUUGUUGAACAUGAGAAGCAAGGAGGUUACAGCUUUGAUAAGUGCUGAAGCUGAUCUAGACAUGGAUGUUUUGAGCUUACUAAUCUCAUCCUUGCUAAGAGGGUGUGCUGAGGAGUCAAGGACUGCAGUGGGCCAACGGCUGAAAUUGGUUUGCGCUGAUUGUCUUGGAGCACUAGGUGCUGUUGAUCCUGCCAAAGUGAAGAGUUUUUCAAGCCAACGAUUUAAAAUUGAAUGUUCUGACGAUGAUCUAAUUUUUGAGUUGAUUCAAAAACACUUAGCUCCAGCUUUGGGAGCUGCACCAGAUACCAUAAUUCAAGAUUCAGCGGCAUUAGCCAUUCAAGAGCUUCUAAAAAUUGCAGGGUGUAAGGCAUCACUGGAUGAAAAUGCUGUUGCUUCAGUGUCACCAUCAUUGAAAGACAAAGAAGCUUCAAAAACUGUCACAUCUGAUUCUUCUGAUGGUAGUAAUGCAAUGAGUAUGAGAGGUCAGAGAUUGUGGGGACGCUUCUCUGAUUAUGUGAAAGAAAUUAUAGCACCUUGCUUAACCUCCAGAUUUCAGCUCCCGAAUGUUGCUGACUCUGCAAUUGUUAGUUCGAUUUAUCGACCGGGUAUGUCAUUCAGAAGGUGGAUAUUCUUUUGGAUAAAAAAGCUAACUGCACAUGCCACUGGGUCUCGUGCGAGUAUUUUUCAUGCUUGUCGAGGUAUAGUGCGGCAUGAUAUGCAGACAGCUGUUUAUCUGCUACCUUAUUUAGUUCUUAGUGCCGUCUGUCAUGGUACAGAGGAAGCACGAUAUGGCAUAGCAGAAGAGAUCUUGUCUGUUCUCAAUGCUGCAGCAGCAGAGAACGGUGUAACUUUGAUUCAUGGAAUUAUUGGAGGGCAAAGUGAUGUUUGCAUUCAAGCUGUGUUUACUCUUCUUGAUAAUCUAGGACAGUGGGUGGAUGAUGUUGAACGAGGAUUGUCACUUUCUCGAUCUGGUCCAUCAUCGUCUUCUAAGCAUUUGGUGGCCAAAACGAAGGAAUCAAGUUCAAAUGUUCAAGUUGAUCAGGAGCAACUCCUGGUUCAGUGUAGAUAUGUUUCACAGCUUUUAGAUGCAAUUCCAAAGAUCACACUUGCUAGGGCUUCCUUGAGCUGUCAGGCCUAUGCUAGAUCUUUGAUGUAUUUUGAGUCAUACGUUCGAGGAAAAUCUGGUUCUUUUAACCCUGCGGCUGAGAGGAGUGGCAUCUUUGAGGACGGAGAUAUUUCAUAUCUCAUGGAAAUAUAUAGUUAUCUUGAUGAGCCUGAUGGUCUAUCUGGCUUGGCAUGUUUACGUAAAUCCUUGAAGUUACAAGACCAACUUUUGAUAAAUAAAAAGGCUGGAAAUUGGGCAGAUGUUUUGACUUUUUGUGAACAGGCUUUGCAUAUGGAACCAACUUCAGUUCAAAGGCAUUCGGAUGUUCUUAAUUGCUUGUUAAAUAUGUGCCACCUUCAAGCCAUGGUUACUCAUGUGGAUGGUUUAAUUACGAGGAUUCCUCAGUACAAGAAAACGUGGUGCAUGCAAGGAGUGCAGGCAGCUUGGAGGCUUGGCCGGUGGGACCUGAUGGAUGAAUACCUCAAGGGAGCUGAUGAAGAAGGUCUUCUUUGUAGCAGCUCUGAGAGUAAUGCUUCAUUUGACAUGGACGUAGCAAAAAUUCUGCAGGCAAUGAUGAAGAAGAAUCAGUUUUCAGUUUCUGAGAAAAUUGCUCUGUCCAAACAAUCUCUGAUUGCCCCUCUUGCUGCUGCUGGCAUGGAUUCUUACACACGUGCUUAUCCAUUUGUUGUGAAACUUCACCUUCUGAAAGAGCUUGAGGAUUUUCAUAACCUUCUUUACAAUGACUCUUUCUUGGAAAAAUCAUUUCAUGUAGAUGAUCAGGAAUUUUCAGAAAUGAUUCAAAAUUGGGAGAACCGGCUGAAAUUUACUCAGUCAUCACUCUGGGCAAGAGAGCCACUUCUGUCCUUUCGGAGGCUGGUUUUUGGUGCUAGUGGUCUCGAUGCUCAAGUUGGGAACUGCUGGCUUCAGUAUGCAAAGUUGUGUCGCUCGGCUGGUCAUUAUGAAACAGCUAACCGUGCAAUUCUUGAAGCUCAGGCCUCUCAUGCACCUAAUGUCCAUAUGGAGAAAGCAAAGCUUUUAUGGAGCACCAGACGGUCUGACGGUGCUAUCUCAGAAUUGCAACAAUCUCUUCUAAAUAUGCCUGUGGAAGUUAUAGGAUCUGCUGCAAUGUCAUCAAUAACAAGCCUUUCCUUGGUUCCAAUGAAUCCAUCUUCUUUGAUCUGUGAUACUCAAGCUUUGAAUGAGAAUAGAGAUAUUGCAAAGACUCUUCUCUUAUACUCGAGGUGGAUACAUUGCACUGGGCAAAAGCAAAAGGAAGAUGUCAUCAAUCUUUAUUCAAGAGUGAAGGAGCUACAGCCCAAGUGGGAGAAAGGAUAUUUUUUUAUGGCUAGGUAUUGCGAUGAAUUGCUUGCAGAUGCCAGGAAACGCCAGGAAGAGUUUUCUGAACAAGGUCCGAGAAAAGCGUCAUCAUCUUCUACUGCUGUUGGUCCUUCAAAUUUAAAUAAUGAGAAGCCUUGGUGGUCUUAUGUGCCUGAUGUACUCUUGUUCUAUGCGAAAGGACUUCACAGGGGUCACAAGAAUCUAUUUCAAGCACUUCCAAGGUUGUUAACUUUGUGGUUUGACUUUGGGAGCAUCUACCAAAGAGUUGGUUCAUCAUCCAACAAGGAGUUGAAAAGUGUUCAUGGAAAGGUUCUGAGCAUCAUGCGAGGUUGUUUAAAGGAUUUGCCAACAUAUCAAUGGUUGGCUGUACUGCCUCAGUUAGUUUCGAGGAUUUGCCAUCAAAAUGAAGAAACUGUUCGAUUGGUCAAACACAUAAUUACCUCUGUUGUCCGACAGUAUCCACAGCAAGCUCUUUGGAUAAUGGCCGCAGUUUCAAAAUCCACUGUUCCUUCAAGACGAGAGGCAGCUAUGGAGAUAAUCCAUUCUGCAAAAAAAGAUUUCAGUCAAGGAAACAGUGGCAACAAUUUGUUUCUUCAGUUUGCCAGUCUAAUUGAUCAUUUAAUCAAGUUGUGCUUCCAUCCCUGUCAACAAAGAGCGAGGAACAUUAAUAUUUCUACAGAAUUUAGCACAUUGAAGAGAAUGAUGCCAUUGGAGAUUAUUAUGCCAAUUCAACAGUCUCUGGUUGUUAAUCUGCCGACAUAUGAUGUGAAUCCCACUGAUUCACUGAGGUCUGACAUCUUUUCUGCCACAGAGCUUCCCACAAUAUCAGGAAUAGCAGAUGAGGCUGAGGUUCUUUCAUCACUUCAGCGGCCUAAGAAAAUCAUUCUAUUGGGUAGUGAUGGCAUUGAGCGACCAUUCCUCUGCAAACCCAAGGAUGAUCUCCGAAAGGAUGCUCGCAUGAUGGAGUUCACAGCAAUGAUUAACCGUUUGCUAUCCAAAUAUCCAGAAAGCCGUCGGAGGAAGCUCUACAUACGCACCUUUGCUGUGAUACCUCUGACAGAGGAUUGUGGUAUGGUAGAAUGGGUUCCUCAUACUCGGGGUCUUAGACAUAUACUGCAAGACAUAUAUAUUACUUGCGGUAAGUUUGACAGGCAGAAGACAAAUCCCCAAGUUAAGCGAAUAUACGAUCAGUGCCAAGGUAAAAUACCUGAAGGUGAAAUGUUGAAGACAAAAAUUCUUCCUCUGUUCCCUCCCAUUUUCCAUAGAUGGUUUUUGAAUACCUUUUCAGAACCAGCUGCUUGGUUUAGAGCGCGGAUAGCUUAUGCACAUACAACUGCAGUUUGGUCUAUGGUUGGACAUAUUGUGGGGUUAGGUGAUAGACAUGGUGAAAAUAUUCUUUUUGAUUCUACUACGGGUGACUGCGUUCAUGUCGAUUUCAGUUGUUUAUUUGACAAAGGUCUGCAGCUUGAGAAGCCUGAACUGGUGCCUUUUAGGCUAACCCAGAACAUGAUUGAUGGAUUAGGAAUCACUGGUUAUGAGGGCGUUUUCUUGAGAGUUUGUGAAAUUACUCUUUCUGUAUUGAGAUCUCAUCGAGAUACUUUGAUGAGCGUACUUGAAACUUUCAUUCAUGAUCCGCUUGUGGAGUGGACAAAAUCGCACAAAUCCAGUGGUGUUGAAGUUCAGAAUCCACAUGCUCAGCUAGCCAUCAGUAACAUUGAGGCUAGGUUACAAGGUGUAGUUGUUGGUGUUGGAGCUGCACCAUCUUUGCCCCUGGCUGUCGAAGGUCAGGCUCGUCGAUUAAUUGCUGAAGCAGUCGCACACAAGAAUCUUGGGAAGAUGUACAUAUGGUGGAUGCCAUGGUUUUAGAUAUGAUGAGGAAUCCCAAAAAAAUUGGAGUUUCUUUUCCAUCCGCAAAGAUCAGAGAAAGGUUUUUCCAGUAUUCUUUCGAGUCGGCCUAACCUUUUCUACCCAUCAACUUGGAAGGGUUUCUUGGAGAACAGAUUCUUGGAGAACAUAGGAUUUUCGAUGAAUGGAUUUAUCAGAGUCUGACAGUGAAGCAAGCCUUCUGCAUAGGAUGUGGGUUAAAAUCUCAUUCAAGUUCAUGAUCUCUUCAAGUAAGCACUUGCUAUUAUUACCUUCGAAACUCAAAGGUCCGGUGCAACUUCUUUCAUAUGUUCUGGCUCGGGUUAUAUGUUCUCAUUUAUUGAGUUGCAUGAAUGCAUUUUUUAGUUUAUUGUGCUUGAUUUUGAUUGUAUAUUUCAAUUUUCACUUUGCAUAAUGUUGCUUCUUUUUUGUUUGUUUGUUUGUUUUUUUUUGUAUAUCAUUGUAAAUGAAUGCUAGUAAACUUCUCACUAGGAUAGUUCUUGUUAGUAUUGUCUAUAAUAUUCAACGGAAGGUCUUAAAGGGAUGGUUUUAUGCCAAAUCUUUGAAAUGCUUUGAGAGAAGUUCCCUAACUUAUCUGGGUUUCGUUUGAAGCUCUGAGUUGUGUGUCUAGUUGGUAUUUGGAACUUUCAAAAGUGUAACAAUUUUUGUUUCUAAACGACAUGUGGAAUAGGAUAUUGAAUCUCUGACCUUGACCUAGA